AUCAACGCAAUCUGCAAAAGAGGAGUCGGUUGCCACCUACAAAGGCAAUGAGUUCUUCAGCUAUGACUUAUCUCAGAUGCCCAUCCAGAGCAAACUGGACGAGAUCACUCUGUCCUUCUGCACGCUGCAGAGGAACGGCCUCCUUCUCCACACCGGGAAGUCAGCUGACUAUGUCAACCUAUCCCUGAGGAGCGGCGCUGUGUGGCUUGUCAUCAACCUGGGCUCAGGGGCCUUCGAGGCCCUGGUGGAGCCCACCAACGGCAAGUUCAACGACAAUGCCUGGCACGAAGUGCGCAUUACACGCAACCUGCGCCAGGUGACUGUCUCUGUGGAUGGGAUCUUGUCCACUACCGGCUACACCCAGGAGGACUACACCAUGCUGGGCUCUGAUGACUUCUUCUACAUUGGGGGGAGUCCCAACACGGCUGACCUCCCUGGCUCCCCAGUCAGCAAUAACUUCAUGGGCUGUCUCAAAGACGUGGUUUACAAGAACAAUGAGUUCAGACUGGAGCUGUCUCGUCUGGCUGCAGAGCGGGACCCUCAGGUCAGUGUUCACGGUGACCUGACCUUCCGCUGUGAGGAUGUGGCGGCCCUGGAGCCAGUCACCUUCGACACGCCUGCCUCCUACCUCACCCUGCCCAGGUGGAACACCAAGAAGACCGGCUCCAUCUCCUUUGACUUCCGGACCACGGAGCCCAGCGGCCUGCUGCUGUUCAGCCACGGGGACAGACGUCUGCAGGACCUAGACAGACAGCCGGACAGGCAGGCCAGGGCUCAUUACUUUGCCAUGGAGCUAAUGGACGGCUUUCUCUACCUGGUGAUGGACAUGGGCUCUGGCAGCAUCAAGAUGAAGGCCAGCAACAAGAGGGUCAACGAUGGGGAGUGGUGCCACGUGGACUUCCAGAGGGAGGGGCGUAAGGGCUCCAUCUCGGUGAACAGCCGCAGCACACCAUUCUCUGCGAAUGAAGGCAAUGAGAUCUUAGACCUGGAGGGCGAUAUGUACCUGGGGGGUUUGCCCGAGGCACGCCAGCGCCUCAUCCUCCCCCCAGAAGUCUGGACGGCCCCCCUCAACCUGGGCUACGUGGGCUGCAUGCGGGACCUGUUUAUAGAUGGGCGGAGCCGGGACCUGAGGAGACUGGCAGAGAUCCAGAGUGCCUCUGGAGUCAGCAGCUUCUGCACCAGGGAAACACACAUCAGGUGUGGCAAAGACGUCUGUGGCAACGGUGGGCAGUGCCGUGAGGGCUGGAACCGUCAUGUGUGUGAUUGCACCAGCACGGGCUACCUGGGUCCCAACUGUGAAAGUGAGGCCACGGUGCUGAGCUAUGAUGGCAGCAUGUACCUGAAGGUGACACUGCCAGUCAGCAUGCACACGGAGGCCGAGGACGUGGCGCUACGCUUUAUGUCCCAGAGGGCCUUUGGGCUGCUGUUGGCCACCACCUCCCAGGACUCAGCUGACACCCUGCGUCUGGAGCUGGAAGCGGGCCGGGUCAAACUCACCGUCAACCUGGAUUGUAUCAGGAUAGACUGUAACCUCAGUAAAGGCCCAGAGAUGCUGUUAGCAGGACAGAAGCUGAACGACAAUGAGUGGCACUCAGUGAAGGUGGUACGUCUUGGGAAGAACCUGCAGCUCUCUGUGGACAAUGUGACUGUGGAAGGCCAUAUGGCCGGUGCCCACACCCGCCUGGAGUUCCACAACAUUGAGACUGGCAUCAUGACAGAGAGACGCUUCAUCUCUGUGGUGCCAACCAACUUCAUAGGGCACCUGCAGGCCCUCUCCUUCAAUGGCGUGCCCUACCUGGACCAGUGUAAGAACGGAGACAUCUCCUACUGCGAACUCAACGCUCGCUUCGGCAUGCGCUGCAUCGUGGCUGACCCUGUGACCUUCCACAGCCGGGCCAGCUACCUAGCCUUCUCUACCCUGCAGGCCUACGCCUCCAUGCACCUCUUCUUCCAGUUCAAGACCACCUCCCCCGACGGCCUGCUCCUCUUCAACUCUGGAGACGGCAGUGACUUCAUCAUGGUGGAGCUGGUCAAAGGGUACAUCCAUUAUGUGUUUGACCUGGGUAACGGACCGUCACUCAUGAAGGGCAACUCUGAGAAGCCUCUCAACGACAAUCAGUGGCAUAACGUGGUGGUGUCCCGGGAUGACAACAACGUGCACAUCCUCAAGACCGACUCCCGCACCGUCACCCAGCACUACAACGGAGCCCGUAAACUGGACCUCAAAGGGGAGCUGUAUGUUGGUGGUGUGGGGAAGACCAUGUACAGUAGCCUGCCCAAGCUGAUUGCGUCCCGCGAUGGGUACCAGGGCUGCCUGGCCUCCGUGGACCUGAACGGGAGACUUCCUGACCUGAUGGCAGACGCCCUCCACAGGGUGGGCCAGGUGGAGCGGGGCUGUGAAGGCCCGAGCAGCACCUGUACAGAGGACUCGUGUCAUCACCAGGGGGUGUGUCUCCAGCAGUGGGAGGGCUUCUCCUGUGACUGCACCAUGACCUCCUAUGGAGGAGCAUUCUGCAGCGACCCUGGGACCACGUAUAUCUUUGGGAGAGGAGGAGCCCUCAUCACGUACAUCUGGGCCCCUAAUGAGAGGCCGAGCACCAGAGCUGACCGCCUAGCUGUGGGCUUCAGUACUCAACAGAAAGACGCCAUCUUGGUCCGAGUGGAGAGCACCAGUGGACUGGGAGACUACCUGCAGCUGCACAUAGAACAAGGAAAGAUCGAUGUGAUCUUCAACGUGGGGACAGAUGACAUCACCAUUGGCGAGCCGGCUGUCAUAGUUAGCGAUGGCAAGUACCAUGUUGUGCGCUUCACACGCAGCGGUGGCAACGCCACCCUCCAGGUGGACAACCAACCUGUCAUCGAACGCUACCCGCCAGGACGACAGCUGACCAUCUUCAACAGCCAAGCAGCGAUAAAGAUCGGGGGUCAGGAUAAGGGCCGGCCGUUCCAGGGCCAGAUCUCUGGUCUCUACUAUAACGGCCUGCAGGUGCUUAAGCUGGCGGCAGAGAGUGACCCCAGUGUCCAGGCUGAGGGGAACCUGAGACUGGUGGGAGACUCACUGUCAGUGCUGACCACUGAGACCACCUCCACCACCCCACUGGCUGUCUCCGACAUGUCCACCACCAUCAUGGAGACCACCACCACCAUGGCCACCACCACCACCCGCAGGCAACGCUCCCCCAGCAUGAGGGAGAGCAUCUCCCAGUCUCAGAACUCGGAUGACAUCUUGGUGGCGUCUGCUGAGUGUCCCAGUGAUGACGAGGAUCUGGAGGAGUGUGAGCCUGGAACAGGAGGUGAAUUAGUGUUGCCUAUAAUAACAGUGGAUUCCUUUGAGCCCCCAUCCAUCGCCACCCGCCACCCUGCUUUCCCCCCUCCUCCUACCUCCCUGUCCCCACUUGAGACCACCAAAGAGUCCCUGAUGCUGUCCAACCCUCACCCUCCCUGCCCCUCGGACCAGGAGGACUGCGGUGACCCUGUGGAGGUCUCAGCCUUUGGUUCGGGGGAGUUGACGGAAUCAGAUGACGAGGACUUUUACAAAAACUCCCCCCUGGUCACUGACAGGACGGUCCUGCCUCCUCCUCCCCCUGCCGCUGGUGAAGGCCGGGCCCAGAAACCCCAUAAUCCCCGCCCCCCUCCUUCUGCUCCCACCACCAACCCUGACCAGCUCCACAUCCCCGCGGGCAAAAUGAACACCCGUGACCAGGUGCUUCUGCCCCCCGUCCCUCCAUCAUCUCGGAAUACACCAGGACUAACUUACCCCCCCAAUUUCCCCCAUGUGCCCACAGCCAACCCUACAGCCCCUGGUGAGAAGAUCAUAUAUCCCGGCCUGGUGGAUAGGAUCGGGGAGUCCAGUAGCACCACAGGGAUGGUGGUUGGCAUUGUGGCAGCUGCUGCCCUCUGCAUUCUCAUCCUCCUCUACGCCAUGUACAAGUACCGCAACCGUGACGAGAGCUCCUACCGGACGGACCAGGGACACAGCUUCAUCAACAACCCAGUUGCUGAGGGCAACGGGGCCAUGGUCAAGCUAGAGAAGACACCAAGUAUAACGGCUACAGUAGCCAAGGCUGUCACCAAGGGCAACAAGAACAAACAAAAAGAGUAUUACGUCUGAGAGAGGGAAGAAGAGAGAAGGAGAGCGAGAGAGAGAUAGGCUAGAGGAAAAUCAUGGAAAGGGGGUUCUCCCAAUUAAAAUUCCACAUUAUCCACUAGAUAAACAUCCAAAGUUUAGGGGGUAAUUGUUACAUUUGUGCCACAAAAACUAACAAAAAAAACUACUUGCCAUCAGUAUUUUCACAGUUCCAGGUAAAUUAUAUAUUUUGCAUUUCUAUCACAUACCAAGUACUGUAUUGGUUAACAUACAAUUUCAUACUGGAUUAGAAGCCUAUCCAUUUGCUGUCUUUGUAUAUAGCACCCCACCUAUCAACUGUAUGGUUAUGGUUCACGGUGAAAACUAAGCUGAGACCAUUGUACUAUAGAAAAGACCAUUGUACUAUAGAAACAGAUUUGCAUGAAUGUCAGUUCUCAAGAAUCUCAAGUCUCUCUGUCUUCUAAUAACGUCAGAGGUAUCGGUGUGUACCGAUUGGUCAUUAUGGUAAAUAACAACAGAGCAACCCAAUUAGCGUUUACUAGAAUAAACAAAAGCCAUACCCAUACUUGGCGACUGAGUGACCCACCUUCUCAGCAGACUAGUCUACCCCAUUUUGUGUUAUCCCGUGUUAACAACUUUCCACUCAGUCUAUCUCUCUGGUUGUCCACGGUGAAAUGUUGAUGGUUGAAUAUCAUUGAACCAUGUUUUAAUAAGUAUGUAUUUCUGUCCACAUGGAAAAUACAGGUUUUCAAAAGUAAUAUACAAUUCACAGCCAACAACCCCUCUAUCUGGAUGAAUGAGAUGAGCCAGAUUCUCUGAUCUCUGUGUGAGAAGAGAUCUACAGAGAUCUACAGUGUGUCAUUCCAUCCAGGAGGAAGUUCCUCAAAAUGCUACUGUAGCAAAGACAUUGCUCUGUAAACAUUUUUGUAUGUAAAGACGUCUUGGGAUUGAAAAAGCUUUGCUCGUUUGUUCUCUGGAGUACAUAGACUAACAGACAUGAAAAAUACACUUCAUGUGAGCGAUGUUCUGCCUCCACGGUUACCACUGUCAACACUCCAGCCAGAUCCCCCCAUGAGGAGAAGUAGAGAGUGAAUAUGAAAGGGAGCUUCAGGACAACAGAUUCACUUUUGAAUAACUUUUUCUAGUGGUUCCUGGGGAGGGGGAGAUGCCCAACCUUGUGUCAAGAGGCUGGCUUUCCCUUCCUUCUUCAAUAUUGACACAAAAACUGGAAAGGCACAAACAGUAGAAACAUAUCUUUGAGGGAUAAACAAGUGUUUCCUUAGAAAGCAAAUUGAACAUGUAUUCUGGUUUUUAUAUCCAUGAAUAAAAUACUAUUCUGCGAGACACAUUAUUGAAGGUUUGUGAAUUGUAUAGCUAUUUCUCAGAUAUUCCGGUGUUUCUCUUGUUAGCAUUCCUCUUCAACAAAAUAAGGAGUUCAGUUGUUUAUGUUGCCUUUUAUAAUCAGAUACAGAUUUGUCUAUGAUGAGACAACAUUGUCUGACUGCAGAAACCCAUAUUCAGCAUUUUCUUUUUCAAUGUUGAAUGGCAUUACAUUUCCGUUAAGGACUGGUUAGUGAUUGUAUGUAAAAGUUUCAAGAGAAAACACAAAGGAUGAUGUGUACUUUAUUUUUUUCUUGGUUCUUCAUUUUAUGUACAUUGAAAAACAUGUCUCACUUUGUCUGUCGUGUUGACAUUCUCUCCGUUGUAUUAUGUUCAUAUUUUCCAUUUCUGGGAUUUCCUCUUAUUAUUUUAUGAAGUGCCAUUUAACACUGCUCCAGAGUAUAUUCCUGUCCUCACUCAAUGAUAUUGUAAAGUGUUCCUGUGAAAUGAAUCUUAAUAUGUGUACAGUACAUUGACAGAGGGGAAAUACACUUGGUAAUAUACUUUGUAUA